CAAGAGCAGCAGCAGCAUCAGCAUUAGCAUUGCCCUGGUCCUCCUCCUCCUCCUCCUCGGAUGGGAAGCAGGGAGAAGGGGGCCGGCUGCGGGCCCUGACUCCGGUGAAGCAGCAGCAGCCAGAAGAGCAGCUGAAGCUCCCAUCUGAAGCUGCUCCAUCCACAAUGGCAACAGCAUUACCCAGAACCCUUGGAGAGCUGCAACUUUAUCGAAUACUGCAGAAAGCCAACCUCUUAUUCUACUUCGAUGCCUUCAUUCAGCAGGGAGGAGAUGAUGUCCAGCAGUUGUGUGAGGCAGGUGAAGAGGAGUUUCUUGAGAUCAUGGCCCUUGUUGGCAUGGCUAGCAAACCGCUUCAUGUCCGAAGACUGCAGAAGGCCUUGAGAGACUGGGUCACAAAUCCCAGCCUUUUUAACCAGCCUCUGACAUCCUUACCGGUCAGUAGCAUUCCAAUAUACAAAUUACCGGAAGGAUCGCCAACUUGGCUGGGAAUAUCAUGCAAUAGUUACGAAAGGAAUAGUAGCACACGGGAGCCUCACUUGAAGAUUCCAAAAUGUGCUGCCACAACAUGUGUUCAGAGUGUGGGGGCAGGCAAGUCUGAUGGAAUAGGACACUUGACACUGCAGAGCAGCAGUGACCAGAGGCUAUGGCAAGGGCAUCAUACUACAGAGAGUGAGCACAGUCUUUCCCCAGCAGAUGUUGGCUCUCCAGCCUCACCAAAGGAAAACUCAGAAACCUUGGAUGCUGCAGCAGCUCUUUCGGUUACUGAGUGUGUUGAGCGUAUGGUUCCAACGCUCCCCAAAAGUGACUUGAAUGAAGUGAAAGAACUGCUGAAAAUCAAUAAAAAACUGGCCAAGAUGGUUGGUCACAUCUUUGAGAUGAGUGAUGAAGAUCCACACAAAGAGGAGGAGAUUAGGAAGUACAGUGCAAUAUAUGGCAGAUUUGACUCCAAAAGAAAGGAUGGCAAACAUCUCACCCUCCAUGAGCUCACAGUUAAUGAAGCAGCUGCACAGUUGUGUGUAAAGGAUAAUGCAUUGUUGACUCGGAGGGAUGAGCUCUUUGCACUGGCACGGCAAAUCUCUCGAGAAGUUACAUACAAGUACACUUACCGGACCACCAAGUCUAAAUGUGGAGAAAGAGAUGAGCUGUCACCAAAGAGAAUUAAGAUAGAGGAUGGAUUUCCUGAUUUCCAGGAUGCAGUCCAGAGUUUCUAUCAGCAGGAAUCAGUCAAAAUUCAGCAGGCAUUGUCAAAAGGGAAGUGUGAAGACUUGGCUGCACUUGGUUCACAGCCUGAGAAGAUGAUAGCCAAGCAGAUGGAGUUCCUUUGUUCCCAAGCUGGUUUGGAGAGACGUCUUUCCACAGGUUUUUACAGGCAAAACUCAGAAGAACACAGUCCCAACGGAUUGGUUCCGGAUCUUUCUGACGGUCAAGGUGAAAGGCCUUUGAAUCUCCGCAUGUCAGGUCUACCAAAUAGACAUAUGCCACACAUUUCGUUAGAUGGGGAGCCUCACGUGGUGAAACCUCUUUGUAGUGAGUUGAGUCGACUGUAUGCCAGUGGCGAGGCAAAGUCACAAUCUUCGGAAGGUCUGGGUAUCAUGAAAGAUUUUCCUCAUUCAGCUUUCAGCAGCCUCGAAAGGAAGGUCAUAAAGACAGAGCCAGAAGACACAAGAUAGCCAUGCUUUUUAAAUAAUUAUUUCAGAACACAGCUUCAAACAAGAAACAAAACCAGCCUUAAUAACCAGUGUUGCCUCAUUGAAAUAAGUGAUUUCAUAGCCAAAGCCUAAGAACCGGAACAGUCAUAUUGAGCAACUGACAUACAAAAAAAAUUCAACCUCUUGGACAUUGAAACUGCAAUGCGAAGUGGGUGCAAAUUCUACAGAAAAAAAGUGGCUUCAUAAUAUGAGAAAGGUUCACAAACUAAUAUUGUGAGCCCUUGUUAUUUAAGAAUGUAUUGUGUAUUUGUAUAACUUAAAGUAAAAACCUAGGUGUUAGAAUGUGUAUUAAGUCCAGUAGAUGUGGCUGCCAUUAUUUCUACUUGAAAUUUUAAUGUCUACUUUAAGUGUAGAUAUGAUAGAUAUGUGUAUGGGUUUGGGUUUUUUAAAUCCUUUGUGUGGGGCAGGGAGGGCAGAACGGUGGGGAUGGGAGGAGCCCAGUUUGGCUUACUUUAACAACGGGUUAUUUUUUAAAAAGCAGAAAAUAAGCAAUUACAUAAAAUGUUAUAGGGAUAUAGCAUUUGAAAGAGCUGACUGUAUUAUAACAGGCAUUUUAAUGCUUCUCAAUGUUAAGUCAGUCUGAGAGAUUCCAGGAACAUACAUCUGCAAUGUAUGUAUUUACACUGUAUAUCUGUCCACUGGUUUAGAGACUGAGGGACAGGAGAAAGAAACACAUUUACUGUUUUACACUAUAUGCUCUGUGAACAGGGGAGGAAAACCUUUUCCAUCAUAAAGGAUUUCUGACGCAUCCUUCCAAGAGAAACGGCUGGAAUGUUGGCAAGGUUUUGGAACGUUCCUUAUUCAUUUUUCCUCAGUUGGAAUGCUUCAGAUAACAGAAGAGGUGGAAAAGCAAUGCAAGAAAUGUAGACUCUCUGAAAAAACCACUCAAGUGGUACUGAAAAGAAGAAUGGGAGGAUGGCUAUUCUACUGGUAGAUGAGUAGGUAACAGCAGCUUUACCAGUCCCUUCAACUAUUUGUAUGCCAUACGCUGCCUAUACUGUGGACCGAUAACAUUUCCUUUCAUGAGUAACUGUAACCAUAUUUUAUUUUAUGGACAAUUUAUUUUGUGUGAAUGAUUUGUUUCUCAAAAGUGCUACUUUGCCUAUAACAUAAUGACUGACUUAUAAGAGUCAUCUUGGUAUUUACCUUUGGGGUAUUUCAGUGUUGUGUCUGCAUGUUAUGCAUAAUACCACUGUGACAUGUGAGUUUACAUAAUAGCUCCCUCUCCUCAGCAUCACUUAAACGGUUGUGUGAUGAUUGCAUUGCUGCAGUUAAGGUUUCAACAUCGAGGUUCAACUUUCCCUAGCCCAGCAUCCUCCAGAUGUGCUGAACUAUUCCCAUCACUUCGACCUGAGAGUAGUAGGAGCAGCAAUCCAGUACAACUGGGGUACCAGGCUUUGGAGGACUGUUCAGUUUGUAAAAAUGCUGAAUUUGUUCCAAGAUUGAGGUGGACCAUCUACUUUUCCCCAUUGUACAACAGAGCGGUAUAAUUUUAUCACAUAGUAAUAUCAUUAAUUCAUUAAUAUUAAUAUCACAUUCACAUAGUUUCCUGGUAACUAACCAUGGACAAGGAGUCAAUGACCCACAGGCUGGCACUGGCACUAGAGUACUUUCAGAGGGUCAUUUCAUACAGCAUACUGAAACCUUCCAGGUAAUGUGAGGUAUCAUGUACAUACAUCAGACUGGGGUCAUUGUAAUAUAUGUUUAAUAACUGUAUCACUUGAUUUGUGGAGUAACACUGUCUACUGGAAUCACCCAUGCACACAUUUUUAAAAUUCGAAAACCCUUUUUGUUUUGUUUUUUAAAGGAAAAAUCUUUUUUUAAUUACAUUAUAUCAUUUUAGUGCAGUCAGAUGUGUUCAAAGGACACAUCUGCAACUUAGUGGAUCAGAACAAAAGUGAUGGAUGUGUAGUUUAAAGUGGCUCAUUUUACUGUUUUGUGAACUAGCAACAGAAGCAUGUUUCCUUAUUCCCAAAGGUUACAAGUAGUACUGCUUCAUAUCGAAGCAGUUUCACAAGACUGGAGAGUCAGUCAGUACAGGCAAAGAAAGCACACAUUGCUCUCCAUAGCACUGAACAUCUUGGUCUAAAAAAGUCCAGUGUAAUGUAGUGUAAAUUUAAAUCUGUAGUAAAGAUCUAUUUUUUAUAUUUUCACUUGUAAAUGACCUGACUCAGCUGUGUUGUAGGUUUUCAAUUUCUGUUUGUUUCAACAGUCCAGCAAACCAUUUCAGGCCCAAUAAGCAAGCUUUUCCUUUCCUUUGUUUUUUUAAAGUUUGCAGGAUGUCUCACAUGAGCAUUUUAAUUUUUUUAAAAAAAACAGUAAGCUGAAGCAACUAAUGAUACUGUUUCCUAUUAAUCUCACCUACCUAUUUAUCUCCUAGACGUAUCAUACUGUUGACAUAAGAGCUGACUCAAACACACAAAAGGGGUUGAAGUAGAGUCCUUCACCCAAGUAGGUUGCCUCAGAAAACACCAUGGAGAAGGGAUUAUUUGAAAGUCCUAUCCCUCCAGUUUUUCCUCAGGAAGAAGUAUUUUCUAGACUUGUAACUUGGACUUAUUCCCAGUGGAUUUAUCUUAACAAAUACAGAGAGACUACACUUUUCCUCUCCUGCAGUUUAGGGUUGUCUGGAACAAUUAUCACACACCCUUCAGAAUAAGACUGCAAGAACCAUGUCUUUUUUUUUUUCAGAGCCACAAAUCUUGUUUGCCUUUUAGGAGAUUAUCAGACCAGGGCAGGAUGGGGACAGGAGUGAAGUGGAUCACUCUCCCGUCUUUCUCCCAUCCUUAUCGCAAUUGUGCGAAAGACAGUUACAUGUCACGCUUAUCCUGUCAGUGUCCCAUCAAUGAAGUGGAAUUGUCCUGUCAUUUUGUAUUAACGAAAAUCCCGUUAAUACAAAAUGAUAGAAGAAUUCCAUUUCACUGAUGGGUCAGUAGCAGGAUAAGCACAAUGCUGUAUGAAAGUCUUACUGAGAUCGCGUGUUAAGGACUGGAAAAUGACGGGACAAAGACGCCCUUUUCCCCAUAUGAUAAUCUCCUCAGUCUUAAUAGAUAAGCCUCUUUCUAGAAUACUGACCACUGAAAUUUUCAAGUUGCAAUCAAUGCUGUGCUGAAAAUUUAUUCCAGAUUUUUAAACCAUUCUUAUUCAACUUGAUAGAAGAGAAUUUUCUUUUAUAAAAAGAAAGUUUGGAAGGAACGGAGAGGGGGUCUCAUUUGGAGAAAUGCUCAUGAGUGGGGUUCAGGGAUAUUGAGCUUACUGUACCUGUGGCCAAGGAAUGUGUGUGAAUGUCCUAUCUUUUAUUGCAGUCUCUCUGGCAGCAUCGCACUCUUCAGUUAAAGCCCAAGGGAAGACACCAUGUAUGUAAUACUUUGAAAAGCCCCAUGGGCAAUAAGUGCAAGCAGCUAGGGAAACUGCAGAGUGCUAAGGAAAUAGGCAACAGAAAGAAAAGCAUACACAAAGCAUAAUUAGAGAGACAGCAGAAAUAGACAAGCACUUUACAGGAUUUUUUCCACCAUAUAGGGAAGGGAUGGGCAACUAUGUACAUGCCAGGGACCAAGUUUUACUCCCCAGGACCCUCCUUGCAGGCCACAUCCCCUGUGCCAAAAUGCCUCAGUUUUUCUUUAGAUAGGACAUUGUAUCUCUAUCGCCAUUUUGACAGGGACUACAAUGAAAUUAGGUAUUUUGAGUAAGAGUGGUUUUGUCCAUUUUCAGAAAUGGGGUGAUGGUGGCUCUGGUAUGGAUUUGAGGUGAAAAUUGCACUUUUUAUUGAAAAAAUAUAUAUAUGAGGAGUUGUGGGCAUUAGUGGGUGUCCUUAGGAGCUGCAAAUCUAGGGUUUUGCAAACUAUAUUUUACCCAUAUGUGAUUUGUAGGCUCCUUCCCACUAUCAUCAUCCACAUAAAGUCCUAGAGCAAUACUAAGUAUGGGCAUUGUGAAUACAAAGUAAAAAGUGGAGUCAGCAGACAAGGAAAAAAAUCUUUAUGAAUUGGAAAAGAGGCUUCGUUAUAGCUGCUGCUAGUAGUGAAUUUCACCAAGAGGCCUUGGGUGCAUUAACAUUGUUGAAAUAAUGCAGUUUGACACCGCUUUAACUGACAUGGCUCCAUCCUACAGAAUCUUGGGGUGUGUAGUUUUCUGGGGCACCAUCACUCUUGGGUAGAGAAAGCUAAACACCUUGUAAAACUACAAAUCUCAUGAUUCUAUAGGCUGGAGAUACCACACAUGGGCUGCGCAGAUGGAAAGGAAAAUCCAGGUUGCCUCCAGAGUUUCUUAAAUCUGAAGGAUCACUACUGUCCACAUGGCCCACUCCCACAAUGAUCUUAUGGGCAGUCCACACCAUAUGGCAGCAAGCCAUGCCACUCGCUUCCCCCCCCCCCGCCUCUCCCUAAUGUAUGCACACCAUUACAUGAACAAACUGCAUGUGAUGGUCUAUUUACCUCCCUUGUUCCAUCCAGCUGCCAUCCCAUUGGAUGCCCUGUGUGACUAGACACUACCCAUACACUGCAUUAGUGCUCCCAGUGACACAUUGGCAAAAUACAAUAAUGGAUGACCCUCAUACAUGCUCCCUUACCCCCUUCACCCCAUGGCCUCCUGUUGGAUUGUUUAGUAGUUUAUGGUUUUUAUUACCUCUGUUGCAUUAUUGGCAACCUGCCAUAAUUGUCAUAAUUUUGCUUCAUGGGUUGUGUGAUGGUUUGAUGGUGUGGUGGCUCAAUGGUGCAGCUGCUCACUUAUGUGCCUCUAUGUGACUGCUGUGUCUCACUGGGCCCAGGGCAUAUGCUUCAGACUGCUUCUAUAUGCUAUCUGAGCUUUUCCACAUUUCCACGCUCAUGUUGUGCCAGUUAUAUGCUGGUGUGAUAAUGCACACUUCCACAUUGGCACAGAGCAAACGGGGAUUAUUUUGCUUUGGUUUUUAGCCCCAGAACAGGACUUUGUUCUGAUUUCCUCCCAUUUGAGCCUCAUGAGUCGUAUAAAUAGUAAGGCUCAGGUCGGGUUGAAACUCAUUUUUGUCAGUGUGGACAACCUCACAGUGGUGUCAAACUGCAUUUUUUCUACAUUGUAGAUGCACCUCUUGUUGGAGAAUUUCUAUUUUUUCCUCUACUCGGCUCACAGAAAUUAGUGAAGCUAUCCUCACCUCUUCUGGCCCAAUUCUCUCCCCAGAAAUAAGAGUGGGGAGUUUUGAGAAAUUGUUUCUGCACAGCUAUAUUGUCAAUAAAACACAAAUGUCUGGUCAAUAGCCUUUUCUAGAGAAGGUGAAGAUAAUCAGGCUAGAUGUUAACUGCAACAGGGUUAUUUUGACCAAAGUGUGAUCUUUGUCUGUAUUUGUAUCCUUGUCUGUCUGCAUUUGUGUGCCUUGAUGGUUACAAAAUAAAAGUCAUAUUGG